AGAGUGUUUCGGCUAUUUCUUCAUACCCAGAAGUCCUCCGGACCGGUUUUUAUUUUUAGAAAGAAAGCUGCUUUGAAGAUGGCUGAUCUUUGGCAGGAAGCCAUGGACCACGCUGUGGCUGUGGCCAGGAAGGCAGGAGAGAUCGUCAGGGAUGCUCUACACAAUGACAUGAAGGUCUUGUGCAAAAGUUCCUCGGUGGACCUGGUCACCAAGACUGACCAGAAAGUGGAGCAGCUUAUAAUCGAUUCCGUGAAGGAAAAGUUCCCGAAGCAUGGCUUUAUCGGCGAGGAGUCCGUGGCUGCUGGAGAGCCGUGCGUUCUGUCAGACAAUCCAACCUGGAUCGUUGAUCCGGUGGACGGAACCACUAACUUUGUGCACGGAUACCCUUUCGUUGCUGUUUGCAUUGGCUUUGCUGUUAAUAAGACGUUAGAGUUUGGUGUGGUGUAUAGCUGCAUAGAGGAUAAGAUGUACAUGGCCCGCAGAGGGAAGGGAGCAUUCUGCAAUGGAGAACCUCUCCACGUAUCAGACCAGAAAGAAAUCAAUCAGUCAAUCAUUGCCACGGAGUUCGGUUCAAACAGAGAUCCAGAAGUGGUCGACAGGAUUUUCUCCAACAUGAGGAAGAUUCUGUGUUUGCCACUGCACGGGAUGCGUGGUGCCGGUUCAGCUGCGAUAAACAUGUGUUUGGUUGCCUCUGGCUGUGUGGAGGCAUACUAUGAGAUUGGGAUCCACUGUUGGGACAUUGCAGCUGCUGCAGUCAUCGUGGAGGAGGCAGGAGGAGUACUCAUGGAUUUCGAGGGUGGACCAAUGGACCUGAUGUCUAGGAGAAUCAUUGCUGCUAAUAACAAGACAAUUGCAGAAAAAAUCGUCAAAGAGAUCAAGGCAUAUCCUGCUGUCAGGGACGACGCACCUCUACAGACCAAACAAUGAAUAUGCCAGAUUUAUUUACUGUAUACUGUAAUUAUUAUUUUGCUCUUAUGUGAUAACCAUGUUUCCAUGAAUUUUAUACAAAACACUGGCAAUUAUAUUUAUAUCAGUCUUUAUGACUUCAAAGCUCAUAAGAUGUACUUUUUUGCCAACUCUAGGCCUACGGCAGUAUUUUUCACCUACACAUCUGUUAAUGCUGAUAUUUAAUCAUUUUAUAGAAUGUAGAAAUUGGGACUAAAUCUACCUGGAUUAGCAUUACGGAGAAAUCUGACGUAUGCUUACAGAUGGCAGUAAAAUGCAGACAUUCUGCUCUACUGGAGUACAAUCAAUUGAUCAGUCAGUCAGUCAAUCAGUCAAGCAAUCAAUCAGUCAAGUGUGUUUGAAAUAUCGGUAAAAAGUGAAAUCUGUUUGUCAAAAUCUUUUUUUAAUUAUCUGCCAAUACCGAUAUAAAUCUGAUAUCAUUGUGCAUCCCCAGCUGAAACUUGUGUUGUCAUUUUUUUUUG